AUCUAUAGUCGGUCUCUUUCAAAGCGAAGAACAAAGGACCUUCGACGAUGAAGGAGAAGAAGGAGUAGUGCCCCUCGGGACAAUUCCUUUUUCUUUGUUCUCUGUUCCGUUCCUGAUGUUCAACUAGUCAUUAAUGGUAGGCUUCAUUGGUACCCUUUUCUUUUUUCGGUAUGCCGCUCCGCGAGCAAGGAGUGCCACGCACGAGCGAAGCGAAAACAAAGCAGGGGGAAUUAUUCGCAGGGAGAAAUCCUUUGAUUGCGUAUUGAAUAUAGAUCCAUGUCUUUCUUGUUCCACUAGCUAGGACAAAAUUCUCAGAUGUCCCUUUCGUUAUUACAACCUUCUUUUUUGAUGUCAAAGACCAGAAGCUAUGCAAUUCUCAUUGGAUCUCGGUUGUUCUUAACAGCGAUGGCUAUUCAUUUAAGUCUUCGGGUAGCACCAUUAGAUCUUCAACAAGGUGGAAAUUCUCGUAUUCUGUAUGUACAUCCUGCGGCUCGGAUGAGUAUUCUUGUUUAUAUCGCUAUGGCUAUAAACACUUUCUUAUUCCUAUUAACAAAACAUCCCCUUUUUCUUCGCUCUUCCGGAACCGGUACAGAAAUGGGUGCUUUUUUUACGUUGUUUACCUUAGUUACUGGGGGGUUUCGGGACCUAUGGGGCACCUUUUGGGUGGAUGCUCGUUUAACCUCUGUAUUCAUCUCGUUUCUGAUUUACCUGGGUGCACUGCGUUUUCAAAAGCUUCCUGUCGAACCGGCUCCUAUUUCAAUCCGUGCUGGACCUAUCGAUAUACCAAUAAUCAAGUCUUCAGUCAACUGGUGGAAUACAUUGCAUCAACCUGGGAGCAUUAGCCGAUCUGGUACAUCAAUACAUGUUCCUAUGCCCAUUCCAAUCUUGUCUAACUUUGCUAACUUCCCCCUCUCAACCCGUAUCUUGUUUGUUCUGGAAACACGUCUUCCUAUUCUAUCUUUUCUCGAAUCUCCUUUAAGGGAUGAAAUAGAAGCUCGAGAAGGAAUAGCAAAACCUAGUUGACUUCCCAGCUCAAACUGAACGCGAUGUAAUCAAACUUAUAGCUGACGCCGUAGAGAAAGCCCAUAUGCGAAGUGGAAAAAGUAGGAGUAGACAUUGGAAUAAGAGCUGUUGUCGGACGUUCAUCAGUAACCGGUGUGAUGUUAGCAAUGGAAUGCGUAUCCGCUGUUCUCUUUUCUGCUGUGAUUGAAUCAGUAAGCGCUGCGGAUCUUUUCGUAUAAAGAAUAAACCUCAUUCGAUCUCAGAAGGGAUGAAUACAAAGGAAGGGAGUUGCACUAGUCUCAUAAAUGCCAGUCAAAGAAAACUAACUAGCCAAAAGGCCGGAAUAAGCGAAAAAAAGGGAUUGGAUGGCUUGAAUUCCCCUGUUCUAGCUCUAGAAGAGUAAGCUAAGAGUCUUAUUUAUAUUAUAUAAGAGC